AUGGCGGACUCGGUGGUCCAGCUAAAAUGCGACUGCAAAAUGUGGAUGGGUACCUAUCCCACUGUACCCUCGCGAGUCUUGUCUACAGGCCAGCUACUGGGAGACUAUCUAAAGGACAACCCGCAGCUUGUCGGCGAACGUGUGCUGAAAAAAUACGGCGCUGAGAUCCCCUUCUUACCCAAGAUCCUCUCCUUCGCCAAAGCCCUCCCCCUCCAGAUCCACCCAGACAAAUCCCUCGCCGAAAAGCUGCACCAGGAGGACCCCCAGAAAUUCGGGGACCCGAACCACAAGCCCGAGAUCGCAGUCGCAUUGACCAAAUUCGAGCUCUUCGCGGGGUUCAAGACCCUGGCGGAAAUCGAAACCCUAAUGAAGCUGAAGCCGCUGCAGCGCUUCGUCCCGACCAACCAGCCCUUCGACGACGACGCCCUGCGGCAGAUCUGCAAGGCGUUCCUGACGCUGGCGCCGGAGGUCGUGGCCGAGACCAUUGAGGGCCUUGUAUCGCUGCCCGCGGCGCAGUUCGGGAGCCAACAGUACAUUCCGCAGAUGCUGGCGCGGCUGCGUGCGCAGUACUCCGAGUUCGACAACGGGAACCUGGUCGCGGCGCUGCUGAUGAACUACAUGACGAUUGAGCCGGGCGAGGCGGUCUGCGUGCCUGCCGACGGCAUCCACGCCUGGCUGAGCGGCGAUAUUGUCGAGUGCAUGGCGCGGUCGGACAACGUGCUGAAUACGGGGUUCUGUCCCCGUCCGGCGCGUGACAGCGUCGAGCUGUUCGCCCGGGCGUUGACGUUCAAAUCGCACAGUCGGGAGGAUGUGUAUCUCCCCCGUGCGAAGAGCGACAAGGGCGAGAAGGGGAAGACGGAGCUGUAUGCGCCCCCGAUUAGCGAGUUCAACGUGCUGGCUACGAGGCUGGGUGCCGGCGAGAGCGAGGCACACAAGGCGGUCUCCGGGCCCAGUCUGUUGAUUGUAACGGAGGGUAGCGGUCGAAUGAAGUCGUCUGAUGGCGGGAGCUUUGAGCUCCACGAGGGAUACGUCUAUUUUGUUGGACAGGGCGUGGAGUUGGAGUUUGCUACGGACGAGAGCUUGACGGUGUACCGCCCGUAUGCGGAGUAG